AUGUGCGAUGCAUACAAGAGACGUGGACAAUCAUUGGUAGCCAAAGGGUUGGAUAUGGCUGCAAUGGGUGACUUUACUCAAGCAGUUGCAUUGGACAAGGAAGGUGACAGUGACCUAUUCUAUAAUCGUGCUCUACUCUUUUACGAGAUGAGAAACUAUGAACGUGCUCUCAAAGAUUUUAGACGGUCUGUUGAAUUGGACGCAGACAAUAAGUUGGCUUGGAAUCGUAUUGGUCUGUGUCUCAAUGUACAGGGAUACCCUCGUCAAGCAUUCUCUGCCUUUAAAAAAGCAAUCGAAUUGGAUCCAAACUUUGAAGCUGCCUAUACCAACAUUGGACAGUGUUGGAAGGAUCUAGGAAUCUAUCAAGACAGUCUAGCGUCAUUCAAUAAUGCUCUGGAUAUUUCCCCAUCCUAUUCCAAUGCACUGCAUCUUCGUGGAUUAUUAUUCUUUAAUUCUGGGUACCAUCUAAAUGCCAUCAAAGAUUGGACUGAAUUUAUUCAAAAUGAACCAAUCAAUAUUGAUGUUAGACAAUUAAGAGCUAUUACUUGUACUUCAAUUGGAAAAUUUAAAGAUGCAUUAAAAGAUUAUAGAUUUAUAAAUGGAAUUAAUGAUAUACAUUAUUCAUAUUAUCAAAAAGAGAUUUUAAUAUUUACAUGUAAACAUUUGGAUCAACCUUUUGAUUCAUUUAAUAUCGAUAGACAAGUCAAUGUGUAUAUUAAAACAUUCCUAUGUCAAAGGGUACCUCCCACCACAUUGGUAGGAUACCAGUCUCUGGAAGAGGUGUAUUGGGAUGAGUUGGACAAGAUACAAGAUGUUGAUCUAGAGUACCGACCAACUCAAGCAGAACUAGAACUUUUAAAAUUGGCUACACCAAUUGGCAAAAAGUUACAAUAUGAUUGUGAGGGAUUCCUUCCCAAUCACAGACAACAGUUACAAUGUGGUAUGGCUGUACUAGAGAUAGCUCAAACCAUCAAAUCUCUAUUGUCCAAGGAGAGGAUGGGAGACGUUGCUCUUGUCAAUGGUCGUGCUAGCAGUUGGAUGGAACAAGACCACCCAUUCCAAUGGAGAGAUCUAUAUGAUAUAGCCGUCAAAUGGCGUCAAUUCUCUGAGCCAAAUGAUCCGGUUUGGUGGGUCGAUUGUCUCAGUCCCGAGCAAUUCCAGGAAGGGUUUGGAUCGCAUACUCCACUUAUCACUGGACAAACCAACGUCGUUCGAUACUACCCAAUGUUUGAACGAUCGUUUGCACUCAUGAAGAAACUCUUACCAUUCCAAUUAUUAGAGAUUAUCAAGCCAGCAUUGGGAGUUGAAGAAUUGUUGGACAAGACUGAGCAAGAACAAGAAGAUAAACAAGUAUCGAUGCUCAAAGAAUGUCUCAAUGCAACCAACUGCAAAGAACUAUACAAGGCUAUUAAAAGAGACUUUUUCGUCGUCACACCUUGUUACAGCCACUAUGACAAACAUCAAGUGUAUCAUCAGACCAGUGAUGAAGAAAAGGAGACAUUGUUGGAUGACAUUAGUGACAAGAUCCUAAUGAUCACUUACUAUUGGUACAAUUUCAUGCCAUUGACUCGAGGUAGUGCAGCGGUUGGUUACACUGUUCUCCUCGGACUAUUCAUGUCGAUCGAUAUUGACAUAUCCGCACCUAUCGCCAAAGGACAACAACCCGACUGGGAUGCUAUCCUCUCUCCAACACCCGACCAUUUCAUUAAGAUUUGCAAAGGUUGGAUUAUCAAAGAAGAAGAAGAAGAACGUACCACCACACCACACCCAUCCAAACACUAUUUAAAAUAUCCAAGAACUAUAGUUUUAAAAAUAGAAUCAAACAUCAUGAUUCAAGAAGAAUUUGAAACAGCAAGUACUUCAUCACAAAAUACAACACCCGCCGAUUUUACCCCGAUGAAUAUUAGUGGAGAAGGCCUUGGUGCCACUAGUAGCAGCAGUGGUAGCAGCAGCAGUAGCAGCAGUGGAAGCUCGAGCAGUGAUAAUGAUUCACAAACUACUCCUACUAUUACAAGAAAGAGUGGUAAGAAACAAACAUCCAACCAAAAAUUACCAACUACACCACAACACCAUGUCCCUAAAUUGGCAAACUUGGUCAUUUCAACAAGUGACUCUGAGAAUGAACCUACAUCUGCAUCAAAUGUAGAUUCAUCAUCUAAAAAAUUAAUAGGUGUUACUGAAGAUGGAACAAGAUUUACAUUACCAUACACAAAGAACCCAUUAACAUUACAUCCAAUCGAUACAUGGACUUAUUUUGAUUACGCUAAAAAUGCCGCUCUUGCUAAUUUAUUAUUAAUAUUCUUUAAUCUUCCAACUUGGUUUUAUAUUUCAUGGUUUUUGUUUUGGAGAUUUGCCUACAAUCUUGGACUUGGUUUAAUAUUACGUUAUCAAUCAAAUAACAAAUUCCUCAGCAAAUGGUUCAAGACCAUUACACCAUCUCAUCCAUCAUAUACCUUUGUCAAAAAAUUCUGUUCAACUGGAAUGGGUAGUGAUUAUGAUUUCGAUAAAACACCAGCAGAAUAUAAUGCAUGGUUAGCAUUUAGAUUAGUAGUUGAUAUUGUAUUGGCAUAUGAUUUGGCAACCUAUGUAAUGAUGGCAUUUGCAUUUACUAGAAUCCCACUUGACGCAAACUGGACCAUUGUUCCAAUCUAUAUUCUUGGUUUAUUAUUAUGUGCAUUCACAUUAUGGGCAAAGACUGAUGCUUAUCGUGUUGUUAAAGAUUUUGCUUGGUAUUGGGGAGACUUUUUCUUUUUAGUAGAUCAAAAGUUAACAUUUGAUCGUGUAUUUUCGAUUUCACCACAUCCAAUGUAUACUAUUGGUUACACCUUUUUCUAUGGACUUUCAUUGAUCAGUCAAUCGUACACAGUUCUCUAUGUAUCGUUGUUUGGACAUCUUUGUCAAUUGUUGUUCCUCGUGUUGGUUGAAGACCCACACAUUCAAAAGACCUAUCCCGAUAUUGUCGAAGAUCCAUUCAUCAGAAAGGAGGCUGUCUCCAAGUACUUUGGACACGACCUCAUUGUCAUUAAAAACUUUUUCUUCCUCCGUUCUGGCGAUCUCUUUACAUUGUUGAUCAUCGUCUACACACUCGGUCUCAACUUUAUCAACCUUCCCAUUGGUUUUUAUGUCGUUCAAGCUAUUGUCUGGCGUUGCGUCCUCUCCUUUGGCAUUGGCUUUGUUCUUCACCUUCAAUCCAAAUCUCAAUGGUGGACAAACAAAUUUGGUAAAUUAAAUCUUGAUGAUCAAUCAGCUUUUGAAAAUUGGAAGAGUAUCUAUAAUUUAUGUUUAAUUAUGGCACAUUUAUCAUUCACAUGUUGUUUCUUUAAAUUGGUAGAGAUUGAAUUGAAUCCAUUUGGAAGCAGUUUUUGGAGAUUGAUCGCAGGUGUUUUAUUGAUUCUUUUGAACUUGUGGAGUUCAGUGUCGACAUUUGAAACACUUGGCGAGUUUGGAUGGUUCUAUGGCGACUUUUUCAUUGACGAGGUUCCAUCUGCCCUCUACUAUACCGGUAUCUACCGUUUCCUCAACAACCCAGACUCGAUUACCGGGUUUGCCGGCUACUAUGGUCUCACCCUCAUCAGCGGCAGCUUCACACUCUUUGCUCUCUCGUUGGCAUCGCAAGUUGCAAACUUUUUGUUUGUCAAGUAUGUCGAACGCCCACACAUGAAGAAAUUGUAUGGCGACAAGAUGCGUUCGCAAUCUGGUUUCUCCAAGGGUCUCCAAGAUAUCAUGACCGAGGCCGUGUCUAGCUCACCACCACUCCAAAAAAUCACUCACUAUGUAAACAAGACCAGACACUUUACCGAACGUGUUGAAAAGAAGGUCUCCAAGAGAAUGCAAGAUAUCCUAGAUGAACUUCGUGAAAAGGGUAUCCCAUUGUCAUCUGAACAAAUCGCUACCAUUUUUAAAGAAAAAGAAUCAUCAAAACAACAACCAAAAACAUCAUCCUCAUCAUCCACAUCAUCAUCAUCGACUCAACCAUCAAGUAAAAAAUCAAGUAAAAAAGUAAAUUAA